AUGGGUGCUAAGAAAACCUCCAAUGAUGAGAGUAUAUUCAGUCAUAGCCGCAUUACAAAAUUAUCCGUUGUAAUCUAUGCCUUGAUAUUUGUUGUUAUUAUCCUCUUCAAUUCUGAUCGAAAUAUCAAUUCGUCGUCUUCUUCUGGUUCUUCAUCAGAUUCAACUGAUAGUUCCACAAACCAAAAUCAAACUUCUAAGUCUAGUGAUGAAACAAACGACACAUUGUCAUCAAAUUCUGCAAAGGCUAAUAAUGGUGUAAAUUCUCAUAGUUUCAACAUGGAGCCAAAUACGCAAGGAGAGGUAGAUUAUGAAGAAAAUGAAGAUCUUAUGAUUCCAUUGCCACAAAUGACAAAGCCACAAAGAAUUGCAUGGUUUAGGUCACAGCUUCCUAAGCUUCAAAUGCUAAAAUCAAGAAAUGACUCUUCAUUCCAUGCAAGAGUCUCUAAUUUCUUCACCCAAAAUUGCUCAACGCGCUUUUACGCCAUAUGGCUUUCGCCGGCGAAAUUCUUCGGCCAGAGGGAGUUCAUGACUAUGGACACCCUUCUUAAGGUCCACCCUCAAGGUUGCUUGCUGAUCCUAUCAAGCUCAAUGGAUUCGGUACUCGGGUAUCGGAUCCUGAAGCCUUUGAUAGAUCGCGGGCUUAAAGUGCUCGCGAUUGCACCUGAUUUGCCGGUUCUGGUCUUGAACACCCCUGCCGAAUCUUGGCUCGAAGAGCUAAAGAGCGGCAACAAGGACCCCGGAACCGUCCCGUUGUUCAAUAACCUCUCCAACUUGAUUCGCCUCGCCGUACUUUACAAGUACGGCGGCGUUUACUUGGACAUAGAUUUGAUUUUCUUGAAGGACUUGUCAUCACUGAGGAAUGCAAUUGGAGCACAAAAUAUGGACCCUGUGACAAAAAAAUGGUUGAGGUUGAACAACGCAGUUAUGGUAUUUGACAAGAAACACCCUAUUCUUUUAGACUUCAUUGAGGAAUUUGCACAAACAUUUGAUGGGAAUAGAUGGGGGCAUAAUGGUCCAUACAUGGUUUCAAGAGUUGUGGGGAGAGUUGGAAACACACCAGGGUAUGACAUUACUAUUUUGCCCCCAAAGGCGUUUUAUCCUGUGGAUUGGAACAAGAUUCCGGAGUAUUACAAGAAGCCUGAAGAUGAAAAUGGAUCAAUUUGGGUGGAGAAUAAGGUGAGGGAAUUAAUGUAUGGAGUGGGUACAUACACGCUUCAUUUGUGGAACAAGAGGACUAGAAAGCUGGAUAUUGAAGAUGGAAGUGUUAUGGCGAGAUUGUUCACUGAUCACUGCGUUGUUUGCUAUGGUGUCACCAGGAAUUAA